UGUGCAAAUGACGUUUCUCUAUUACAGCGAUGCGAGGAGCAAAUCUGUUCAUUGCAGUAACGUAGCGGAUGUUUGACGGUGGAAAGGUCGCUGGUACCAGACUGAUGGACUGACAGAGGACCGGUUCGGUUCUACUCGGCUCAAAGCCUCGGCGUCUGCGUGGAUAAUGAGAGAGCUGGAGCAGAGAAUAACUUCCACUGUUUCUCAUGGAAAUCUUUUUAUAUCUAAGUAGCUGUUUCGCCUCCUGCGCCUAGUUUGCCUUGCGGAGGUCGGUGACAGCCAGCCGUCCAGCUCUGGGAGGUGAGCUGUAAGCUGUUAGUGUAGCACAGGAGCCGUUCAGGUGCUCAGUCAGUCCGUCACAUGUCCUCUGUAGCUCCGAGAAGAACCAGCGUGCCGAGCCGUGUUUACAAGCGUUUCAUUUUGCUCCUCUUCCAACAUGAGCUCCAGCUUCAGUCCAACACGGGAGUCCAUCCCGAACUCUGUCCACCAUGUCUCUGUCUGUUCGCCCAGUCAGACGCAUCACCUCCAGAUCCAUCACUAGGAGCCAGAGCUUCGCUGGAGUCAACACCUACGACAAACAGUACAGGAGCCUCUCAGUGUUCCCCACUCCAGGUGUCAGCAGGAAGCCCAGCAGAGCCAGCAGAAUGUUUACUAUGUCUGCAAAGUCCAACCCACCACCCAAAGUUCCUCAACCAGAGCGACUGAAUGAAGUCUACGAGGCGCUGAAGAACGGCCUUCAGUCUUACCUUCAGGUUCAUCAGAUGGAUUUGGACAGCCUCAGUAGACAGAUGAAAGAGUCAAAGAGGAACUCCAGACUGGGUUUCCUGUAUGAAGUGGACAAGCAAGUGAAGGUGACUGAGAGGUACAUAAGACGGCUGGAGUUUCAUCUCAGCAAGAUUGAGGAGCUAUAUGAAGCCUACUGUCUGCAGAGGAGACUCAGGGAUGGAGCCAGCAAGAUGGUAAAGGCAUAUACAGCCUCUCCGGGAAGUAAGGAAGCCAGGGAGAGUUUAGCAGAGGCCAAUAAAGGAUACAAAGAGUACACGGAGAACAUGUGUGUGUUGGAGAGUGAGUUGGAGAAUCAACUUGGAGAGUUCCACAUUAAGAUGAAAGGUCUGGCUGGAUUUGCUCGACUGUGUGCUGGUGACCAGUAUGAGAUCUUUAUGAAGUAUGGUCGACAGCGGUGGAAGCUCCGGGGGAGAAUGGAGCUCAAUGCCAAACAAGUGUGGGACAGUGAAGAGAUGGUGUUUUUGCCACUCAUUAAUGACUUCCUCUCUGUGAAGGUGACAGAGGUGAAGAGCUUAGCCAAUCACGUGGUUGUUGGAAGUGUUUCCUGUGAAACCAAGGACCUGUUUGCUGCACUACCCCGGACAGUUGCUGUGGAUAUUAAUGACCUUGGGACUAUUAAGCUAAGCCUUGAGGUCACCUGGAAUCCAUUUGAUAAAGAUGACCAAGGGUCUGUUUCAAGCAGUGUCAAUAAAGCACCGUCCGUCAGUAAGAGAUUUUCAACAAUCUUCAACCAGAGUCCACCAGACACACCGUCUCUACGUGAACAAGCCUUCUAUAACAUGCUCCGGCACCGUGAGGAGUUGGAGAAUGGAACAGCCUGGUCGAAUUCCUCUGAAUCUUCUGACGACUCCUCCAGCCCACAGCUAUCUGUGCAAGGGUUGCGCAACACUAAACACCAAAAGGCAAUGUUGAUGACACCUGAGAACCCCCCAGGUGUAACAAGAACCAUCUCCCCACAGCUUGACAUUUCGAGAUACUCCUUCUCCUCAUCACCAAACUCCAAUCACAAAACCACCACUGUCACUGAAGUUCCCAGCACAGCAAAACACCAAGAAGAGAGCAGCAGAGACCAGGAAAAGGAGACGACCACUGUGGCAUCCCCACCUGACACUGAGAAAGAGGCUGCUAGGAAACCGUCUCCCAUAGCAGCAGCAGAUGCGGUGACCAGCAGCCUUACCUCACACCCUUACUCGCGCUCUCUGAGCCAUAUUAGUGAAAGCAGCGCUGAUGGUGUUGUGUUGACAGACAAGUCAGCUGAUGAAUCAGGAGAGGUGAUGUCUGCGGCCUCUGGCAUCUCCAUCAGUGACAUUGAAAUGGAGAUGCCCAGCAGAACUCCUGAGCCACCCUGCUCUGCUGCCACAGACACUGACAUGUCACCGAGGAGGCCCUGUGUCUUGGAAGCAAACACAGCUGAUGAUGUCACAGAUCAAAAACUAAUCAGACAGAAACCUGAUACCUCUACCUCGGUCCCUACGUCCUCCUCUCCCAGCGCUGAAGGAGAGGAUCCUGACACUAUGACACAAAUGAACAUGCUUCACCUCCUAGAGAGCGGGGAGGGGACGUAUAUAGCCAGGCGAGUGCCCGUGGAAGAGGAUAUGCUGGGUGCAGGAGCAGAUUGUCUGUCCAGAAACGGUGAUAGUGUGGUGGACAAUCAGCUAGAGGAUGCCCUGGGAACUGUAGUUUCCUCUCUGGAUGAUUACAGAGGACAAUUCCCUGAGUUACAGCUACUGGAACAAGAGCUGAAGCUGCUGCAGGUUACACUGAAGGGUGGCAGGCACAGCCGUUCACCCAGCGUGGCCAGCCUCACAGUGGAAACGGCUCUGGGCAGCUUUGAUUUCCUCAACACAUCUGAAUGGGAGGAUGAGGAGGAGGAGAAGGGUGACAGGAGGAAUCGAAAUGUCAGGUCUCUGCAGGACAGAGGUUUGGACAGCCCUGCUUUCCCCGCCUCCCCCCUCACUACAGGUUGCCCCGUGCUAGACUGCUGCCUGGUGGCCCACCUGAAGAACUGCAGUGCACAACUGUUGCGUCUGGGCAUGUUUGGUCCUCUGCGGUGUGGAGAGAUGUAUGCCUUAGACAGACUACUGAGAGAGGCCCGUGUCCUUGAAAUCAUGCGACGUAUCACCAAGGACAACCCACAAUGCCUCAAACAGCCUGCUGAAGUGAUACCACAGCUGGGUCAGUGUCCAAGUGCUGUGUCACUAUGGCAACAGUGUGUGGAGCAUGGCAGCCUAUACAGUGUCCCUGCUGACAGUUUCCUGGCCACACUGUCCACAGUCUACUCCAGCAUACUGCCUGAGAGGGCCGACACAGUGUUCUUUUCCCUGGUUGAGCGUAUCCUAGAUCAGAGGUUACCAAGGAGAGGCAGCAACAGAGACAGAGUGAUGGUGACAUUGUUCCAGCUAUGGAGUUAUCUUGAGUCCAAUUGCAUUAAUGACAUGGAAUCACACAUCACUGAGCUGGCAGAAGAGGUGUGGUUGGUGCAGAGCCUGGCAUCGUAUGAUCAGGAUGUGAUCGUCCACGCUCUGCGCCGUCCUGCAGAGUGCAGCCUGAAGAGAGAAGGUCUCCACGCUGUGGCCAAAUUACUGAAAGACCCACGGGGCAAAGUGUUAGCCUCUGCAAGCUCUGUACUGAGAAGCCUGGUUGCUCAGCCCAGACAGAGAGAGCAGGCUUUGGUCAGCUGUCUGGAGCUCCUAGAAGAUGAGAGCGUGGACACCAGAGUCUGUGGCUGCAAGGCCCUAGCAUGUCUCAAGGCCAAAGAAAGCAUCGAUCAGUUAGUGUAUCUUUGCCGGACAGACAAGGAGGAAGUCCGAGAGGCUGCCAAACAAACACUGCUUGUGCUUGGGGAGGAAGGGAAGAUGGCCUACAGACAUGUGGAGACGUCUCAGGACAGCCUACCGAGACUCUUUGCUCCUGGAAGCAUGGCCAGCACAGCUUUCUAACACUGCACACACACACAGACACGUCUACACUGGAUGGGAACAAAACACAGUUUGAAUACCCCAUUGCUACGACUAAAAUGUGCAAAGACAGAUCUAAUAUAUGACCUACAGCACAUGCACUGUCAAAUAUUUAAAAUUAAUAAGCUGCAAACACAAAGGUUUAUUAAAUGUGUGUUAACUACUGUUCAGAAAACCAAUGGGUUGUAAAUAUGUUCAGAAGAUUCUACCAUGUCCCAGUACACAGACACAUCACUCCAAAAUAAGGCACGUUUAGAAAGCUAUUGAAAGUUGCAUUGUUAAAUCAUUUCCAUUUCCAUAGACUACUAAGGGUGAAAACUUUACAAAAUGUAGCUUCUUGUAUUUUUGAUAUCAUUUGAAUCUCUUGCAGACUAGUUUUGACUGGCUACAUGAUGAGCCAGAAGACAUACAGAGAGUAAAUAUUCUAUUUUCCACAGUUUUGCUACCCCUUCCAUUACAUUAUACUGCUUUUCUCAAAAGAUCCUGCUGUCACUAGUUUAGAGACAAAGGCUGGUGAAACAGUCCCGCUCCAGAUGGACAGCCUGUUCUGCGAGUUGACAUGGAUGAAAACUGAGCAUUAAUAACAACUACUGGCCUUAUUCUUGCAGUUCUGCUUCCACUACCGUUAUAUGCUCUUCUGCAGCUUGUUGAUUAAUUUUUUAAUUUUUUUUGCCAUUUACCUGUGGUCACCUGUAUGCAGUACUUGAACCUAAGCUGUAGUUAAGACCACUGUAGGCAGUUUUGAGACAGCUAAGUCCACUGAUAUCAAAUCAAGACCUCAAAAAAUGAAACUGUAACCAUUCCGUACUUUUUUAGCUGGUAUAAAUCUGCCUUAAUGUUGCAUUAACUUGCUCAUCAUUAUUUUAAAAGCCACUCUUAGAAACAAAUCAAUUUUGAAAUAUUCUUGCACAUUGCUCCUAUUUAAUUAUGAAAGUGUCAUGUCUGGCUACACUUGUAUGCACUUACCUACAUGUUUAAAAUGAGGAUGCUUGGUUGUUACAUGGCAAAGACAUAGUUUGGAAAAUUAGCACUUGAUUUAAAAUGCAGUGACCUGAAGGAGAGGUGACAGUUGACUGACUCUGUUGCUCUAGCAAGAAUAGUUAAAAAUAUGGGCCAAGUGCCCGACUUUGAGAAAUAACCAAAAACAUGUUUAAAGGUUGGAAGGAUACUCAGACUCUACAGCUUUGACUUGCAACGCUGCAGAGCAUGUAAGAGCAGCUGACUAAGAUAUGUAGAGGAAGUCAUCAAGCCCACGAUGCAGUGGUGUAUGGAAACUGUGACUUUAACUUUCUUCAUAUAUAUUUCUUCUUUAAUUGCUAGAACAACCACAAGAUUGUUAGGACUGUGAACUUGCCCGGAGGUAAAAGAACAGAAAAACGGUGUACAAUGCAUUGUUAGGUCAGUAUAAGCCUUCGGUGCACAGCAAAUGCAAUUUGUUCCAACAUCGCCAAAGAAAUGCAGAAACAAAUUUGGAAUUUGAAAGAUCUUUUUUUUAGCGUAAAUCUGUACUUGUUCUCACUGAGCUGACUCUGAGUCACAUGACUGUGUGAGAGGCAAACCAUAGGAAGCAAAGCGGGGAACGUUUUUUUCAUUCUUCUGGUUAAUGUAAUGGGAAGAGAUGGGUUCGAUACGUCAGCGGAGCUGGAGUACUUCAGCUAAUAGUUUUUUAAAAGAACUUGUAAGAGGUGAGCAGGUAGGGCUUCACUGUGCUGCUCAGGAUGAUGUAUGGUGGCUGGUACAGAAAGGGGACCAUGGAUACUGUAGACCCAACAGCUCAAACAGCUGCAGUCCACAGCCAAUAGAAUAUGACAGACCUACAGAUAUAAUGAAAAAAACAUAUGCCUUUUUUUUUUUACCCCCCGAUCUGCAACAGCCCUGCUACUUGUUAAUUGACUGCAGAAUGUCUUCUAAAUCAGGCCUUUAUAUUUGAUGAUGUCAAUGUUUCAGCCACCAUAAAAAAGAAUAUCUAACACACUAGUUUGAGUUUUUUGACAACUUAAGUUGUUUCUGUAUAGAGAAUGAUUUGAGCAAUUCAGUGCCAUUACUCUUUAUGGUUCUAAUUUGUAUCUUAUUUUUACUGAAAUAUAUGUAACUAUUUUCAGUAUUCUGUGAUUUUAAACAAUAUCAAUUGAGCAGAGUCUCAAUUCAUCAGUCUAUACUGUGUUUUAUGUAUCAUUCUGCCAGAGGAUUGUGUAGAGAUAAAGUAGUCAGUCCAGGUCUGACAUCACUUCACUUUCAAUUUUACAUUAAUUUUAAAAAGAAGUUUCAUUCAUCUCUGUUGUUUAACUGUGACAUCCCUCAAUGUUUGAACCAAAAUAAUUAUAUUAGUGAAUAUGAUUUCAGUUAUAACUUGAGUGAAUUUUUUGUAAACUUGCCCCAGACAUGAGAUCAUAAAUCAAUAAAGGGCCAUACAUAUGAUGCCGUUUACUAGUGCUACCAUAAUACUGCUGCUGUCCUUUUCCUAAAGUAAGUACACUCUGUUUAUUAAGUUCGCUUUGUACUUGCUCACCUUAUAUCUGCAAAAUGAGUGUUUUAUAAUUAUGACUUGGUAUCUUAGAAUUGAAAGAUGAGUGUCUUGCACUGACGAACCAGUAAGUCACAAUUGUAAGAUCUGCAAUUAUGAUGUGGCAACUUUGUAUUACAAGGUUUCCCAAUAAUAGCAAAACAGGAUUUCCUACUUUCAUACUUGAUCAUGCUGUCAUUUACAACAUCUGAAACAAUAAUAUACCAAAAUCUAAAUACAGAGCAGAUAUUCACUGCACAGAUUACCAAAAACAAUCAAAUUUCACUUUUAUGUAACUUGACAUUCAUACUCUGCACCUUAAAAACUGUACAAUAUCAAGUUAUGUGUGUUUUUCAUCAGUGGCAAGAUUUCUAAAGAAGUGAACAGAUUCACACAACAUAUUAAAAAAAAUCCUGCAAUCCUGCAACGACUUUGACCAGUGUCUGUGAAAAUGCAAAUGUGUCCAAUAUUCCUGUAGAGUUAGGGUUAUAUAGAUGUGUUCCAGUGUCAGAAUGUAUGCUAAUACUAUGAUAAAGACCAGAUGUAUCAGUGUUGACAGUGCUCUGCUCUGGCUGUAAAAAGAAAAGAAAUGUAUACUGACAGGAAGCACUCUGUAAGGGAAGGCAACUGUAUUGACUGGGCUCUUGUGAUGGCAGAUUUUGUCACUUAGUCUUCCCCUAUGGUUUCAGCUGACAUAGCUCAAAACUGAUAGACCAGUGACAUAUAGUUGAGGCAUUCAUCCCUCACUCACAAUAAGUUCAGUAAGGGGACAUCAUAACCUCAAUGUUUCCAUUUAUGACCACGUAUCUGUAAAGCUAUUGACACUUCCAUCGGCUCUCUACUUUGUAUUUGUCAAAUGUUUGCAUGCUAACACAUUGAAUGAAGUUGGUAAUAUUAUACCUACUAAAUGUCAGCAUGUUAGCAAACUGUUGGUAGCAUCAAGGUCCAACCGCUGCAGUGCCUUCGUCUUGUUCUUUUGUUGUGUGAGCUUUCAUACCACUAUCUCCAAUCACUUUUAGCAUAACACCAAUUUCACCGACAUCCUACAACAUGCAGCAAUUUAAGACUGACAAGUUUUAACACACUACUUUUUUUUUCCAGAUGUGUGAACCUGGUCACAUACCGUAAACAGUAGUUAGAAUUAAUGUUGAGUACGCCAAGGGGUUUUGUCUUCAACAGGAGGGAUCAUGUUCCUAAUGUGUCUAAUAUUCCAAUCAUGUUUACGUCUCUUAAAAUUACUUGGAUGUUCUUAACAUCACACAAGUGUACCAAGAAGCUGCUUCUUAGACCGUUCCGACAGACAAAUCAAGAUUAGCUGCGCUUAAAAGUAUCUCUUCAUCUUUGCAGAGAUUUAGACCAUGGUUCAAAACCUUUAUUUGAACUCACCCUUUAUGUGAAUAAAAAGCAAUGUAUAAGAUUAAAUGUCAGAAAUAGGAAUUAAAUCAUCAAAACUUGGACAGACAUAGUCGAAAGUAAGUUCUGAAAUCUGAGGUUAAAGAAUUCUAACCUUUUUACUCAAUGAACUCAAUGAGCUUAAUCUCAGAUUUUAGUACUCAGGUAUUCAUCUCAGAAGUAUUUUUUCCACAUAGCCCUAAUUCUCUCAUAUGCAUCACUGAUGCAUAUUUAUUGAAGUCAAUAAUUAAUCAUUCAUGUACUAUUGUGUGCUGAAAAGAACUCACAUUUUUAUAUUAUUUCCGCCAUGAAAGGUAAGAAGAGAUGAGAAAAUGUAACAAUUGUAUAGUGUUUUCUUUUUGGAUUUUUGCUAUAUAAUAUAAUAUAAAAAGAAACAGGAUGCAGUGUUACUAGAAUCAUAAUUUAGGACUGGUGUUAUGUUGGGACUUCUUGUUUUAUGUAGAUGGAGACUACCACUGUAUUCACUGUAUUUACCACACCACUUCUAUAGGACAAGACAAAUUAGCACCUAUACCUCUGCAUUCAUCGAAAAUCUCACAGUUUUUAAGUGCCUCAAGGUGUGAUAACAGAUGCAAUAAGACUUCGAUGAGAUACUUUAAGAAUGAAGAACAGUGAAGCAGCGAAAAAUCACUGCAACACAGUAUAUAUAUAAAAAAAAUUCCCACAAGCUUGAGAAUUGUGCAACUUUGGAAACUUGUUUUUUGUUUUGCUUUUUCUUUUCUAAAAUGUAUUUUCAGGCAUUCCUGUGUCAAAUAUAUGCAAACUAUUAAAAUAUGUUUUAAAAGAA